UGUCCCCACAUUAUCUGACAUCCUCCCAAUUUCUCUGCUCAAAUGCAUUUGGCAUUUCAUGCCAGGAAACUGUGGGUACUACACAUAUCUUCACUUCAUUAGGAACAUCAAUACCUUGAUCCUUUGAACCACCAAAUGGCUCUUCAUCUCUUCCACCUCCUCCUCUUCCUCCUUCUCAGCCCAUUAUCUUAUGUCUCUAGCGUUGGCAUUAACUAUGGCACUCUAGGAAACAACCUGCCUUCUCCAAAGAAAGUUGCUCAGCUCCUCCAAUCUACGCUCAUUGAUAAAGUUAAAAUCUAUGACACCAACCCUGAUAUCCUUGAAGCCUUUUCCAACACCGGAAUUGACCUUAUUGUUGCCGUUGAAAACUACCACGUCGCCAACAUUAGCAAGGACGCAGCCGCAGCCGACGACUGGUUUGCCACUCGUGUGCAACCCUUCAUCCCCGCCACUUCCAUCGUAGCCGUUUGUGUAGGCAAUGAAUAUUUGACCUCCGAUGAUAAUUUGGACCCUGAUGCACUGGUCCAAGCCAUGCAAAACUUACAUGCUGUGUUAUUAAAGCGUGGUCUUGACCGUAAGAUCAAGGUCACUACCCCGCAUAGCAUGGCUGUUCUUGCUUCCUCGUUUCCACCCUCGGCUUCAACCUUUGCCACAAAGCUUAUUCCCACCAUGAGCUCUAUUGUUGGGUUUUUGGCUGAUACUGGUGCACCUUUCAUGGUCAAUGCCUACCCUUAUUUUGCAUACAGGGAUAACCCCAGCACAGUUGAUUUAGAGUAUGCAUUGCUAGGGAACUCGACAGGGGUCCAUGACCCUAAGGGUUACAUCUACCAUAACAUGCUGGACGCCCAGAUUGAUGCUGUUAGGUCAGCUAUCGAUGCCAUUGGCUUUGGGAAUCUAUCAAUGAAGAUCACAGUGUCAGAAUCUGGAUGGCCCUCAAAAGGAGAUUCAGAAGACACCGCAGCUACACCCAACAAUGCAAAGACUUACAAUACCAGGUUGAUUGAGCGUGCACAGUCUAAUAAAGGGACACCCAUGAAACCUAAGGAUAACAUAGAGAUAUUUGUGUUUGCUUUGUUUAACGAGAACAAAAAGCCAGGGGGUGCGAGUGAGAGAAAUUUUGGGAUUUUUAAUGGGGACGGGUCUAAGGUAUACGAAGUGGACUUGAGCUGCGAGUUCUGCAGCAAUGGAGGUGCAUUCGAGAAGAUGUCGACAAGCGGCCAAGUAAGGGGUCCGUCAGUAUGGUGCGUGGCUAAACCACAUGCAGAUGAGAAAGUACUUCAAACUGUGCUGGAUUUUUGCUGCGGCCCUGGUGGAGUUGACUGUAGGGAAGUUUAUGAAAGCGGUAAAUGUUUUGAGCCCGACAAGCUUCACGCUCAUGCAUCAUAUGCCAUGAAUGCUUACUACCAGAUGCACGGCAGGAAUUAUUGGAACUGCGAUUUCAAGGGUACUGGCCUAGUCACCUUCAGUGAUCCAAGUUAUGGGACAUGCCGGUAUCGACAACAGUGAUUCAACAGCUUAGAUGUGGUUGAUUGACAACUCUUUUGUAUUUGAUUGCUGGUAUUGUGGAUUUGAAAUUCGAGUAAUGUAACGUGAACCAAGUUCAAUAUUAUCUUAUGGAAAGAGUUUGGGUUUAA